UGGAGAAUAUCUGGAGAAUAUCUGGAGAAUAUCUGGAGAAUAUCUGGAAAUAGCUGGAAAUAGCUGGAGGAUAUCUGCAGAAUAUCCGGAGAAUGUCAGCAAGGGAUCAGGGCUCAACAGAGUAUAGAGUGCAGAAACUAGAGAGCGUAGAUCCGGCAGGUAUUUGAAUUAGCUACGGCACUGGGGAUUAGUAGGAUUACUCAAACUUUCAAUAUGCUCCGCCACCACCCCUUCACAUGCACCGUGCGAUAUUACACGACACAUCACUAUACGAUUACACAGUUAUUCGAGCUUACAUUUCAAACCGUACAGUUACAGUUCACAUUGGACCCUGUUUUCCUUCCUCAUGCCAAGUGCCUGAGUCUGGAGUUCUGGAGGAAUCAACGCACUUUCUUUUUGCGCCAGGGAUGAGCUAGAUCUCGCGGAUACCCUUCCAAAUCGACUAGAUGGCUAUCAACUUCCCCGUCUUCAGGUCCGUCGGGUUACGGCACAAGGAUCCAAAGCCAGAGGGCAAUGGCAUUGGCAAUGGCAUUGGCAAUGGCAUUGGCAAUGGCAUUGGCAAUGGCAUUGGCAAUGGCGUAUUAACAGACGAUGCAUCGCCCCCGGCCACAAAAACCCCGUCGCUGAAAGACGGCAACAACAACUCAGUUCAUGCCAGCACACCCCGCAAAUGGCUCACCAUUAUCGCAUGCGUGCUUCUCUUCAUAGGGUUUAUCUUCCUGACACUGAUUCUCACUGCACAAACGAGCAUCAAACCAGUGUUAAAGUCUACAUGGUUCAUCAAGGUCGACCUCUCCAACAUUCUCGUCCGCGCCUCGACCCCAGGGAGCGACUUCCCGCUUCUGAACUCGAUAGCCCGAUCCCUCGGCCUGCACGAUUUCUACCUCGUAGGCCUAUGGAACUACUGCGAGGGCUACAACGAUGAAGGCAUAACCAACUGUAGCAAGCCCACAAGCCUCUACUACUUCAACCCCGUCAAGAUCCUCCUCGCCGAGCUCCUCGCCGGCGCCACCAUCACCCUCCCCUCCGACAUCCUCACCAUCCUGCACCUAAUCCAAAUCGCCUCAAACGUAAUGUUCAUCCUCUUCCUCCUCGGUCUAAUCUUCACCUUCCUCUCCGUCCUCCUCUCUCCCCUCUCCCUCCUGCGCUCGCCCCACUUCUCCCCCCGCAACCGCAGCUGCUGGGUCGGUUGCGGGCUGGGGCUCAUCAGCUUCCUCGCCGCAUUCUGCACAAUCGUCGCGUCGGUCGUGGGGACGGCCAUGUUUACGAUCAUGCGCAAUGUGUUGAGGAGCCAGCCGAUGCUGAAUAUUGGCGCGGUGCUGGGGGUGCAGAUGUUGGCGUUUAUGUGGGUUGCGUCGGCGUCGGUGUUAUUUGCGUUUGUGAUGCAGGCGAGGUGUUGCUGUUGUUGUAGGAAUGGGAGGAAGGAGGGGGAAAGGGCGAGGAGGAGGGAGAAGUAG